GUGAAGCAACAGCAGUGCCGUGGCAACGCUGACUUCCCGGUCAGUUGUAAACAACAGUCGACGCGAGACCAGGAAAGAUGAAUGCUCCGCCGACAUUCGAAUCCUUUCUUCUCUUCGAGGGAGAAAAGAAAAUCAUCAAAGAAGUGGAUACGAAGGUUCCAAAUGCUGCCAUUUACACCAUCAACAAGGAGGAUCACACCCUAGGCAACAUGAUCCGUAUGCAGCUGCUGAAGGACCCUAAUGUAAUCUUCACUGGCUAUAAGAACCCUCAUCCUCUCGAGCAUAAAGUGUUGCUCAGAAUACAGACUUCAGAUGCCAGUUACACCCCACAUGACGCCUUCAUGAACGCCAUCACAGACUUGAUAUCCGAACUUUCCCUUCUUGAGGAAAGAUUCAGAGAAGCCAUCCGAGAGAAGAAAGAAGGCUUUGACUAAAACACGGCAAAAUUCUGGCUAUCAACUCCACCAAUCAUUCUCUGAACAUUUCAUUAGAUUAUCACUUCAUGUUUGUCUCCAAUAAUGGAUCAUGCAUUGGUCACGAGUUCAUGUUAAUCACUAAAGGAUUUGUGUUUUGCUCUUGUAAAAGAUUCAAGUUGAAAAUGUUUACAAUCCUGCAGUUUUCAGGAUUCCUCUUUGCAAAUUUUGUUUUAGCUAAAUUUGUCAUUUUCACUGUCAAUAAACAAAUGGGAAUAUAAUUUUUAAAA